AUGUCUCAAGGAACUAGUACAAAUGUUUCCAUUUCGUCGCUUUUGGAUUCCAACUCGUCAUCAACCAAUACAGCCUUACCAAAUGUGAAGAAAUUGCAAAGCAGAAUCAGCGACAAACGGCAGACCCACACGCCGAUACAGCAACUCGUAUCGCAAUAUCAAACAUCGUUUGACCCUGACGCAAAACCCGCCAAUGGGGCCAAUAUUCCAAAAAGUUUGUUUCUGCCGUCCAAACCACAAAACAAUCCAUCCACAAACGUCAAAGGUAAUGCAAUAGUAGGAGCUAAUAACUCCAAAUCGCGAUCGUUAUCUUUAUCACCAUCUCCAUCCAUUUCAGCUCAGGUAAAAAAGUUUCAAACAAAAUUUCAGUUAGAACCAAUUGCAUCACCCCAACCUAAAAGCAAGACAUCCAUCAACUCCAUAAUCAACUUGGAUGACGACGUGUCACCAGCUCCAUUAACUGCAUCUCAGUCGGCUGAUAUAUUAAAGAGUCAUAAUUUGACAAAGCGAAAGAAACCAAACACCCUGAAUAGUUCAAACGAGUCCAAAAAACGCAAACCUAACUCUCCGGGUCUUCAAAACUCUCCAAAUAUUGUAUCGAAACCGAACAUACCCCAAUCGCGAGCACUGAAGGAAAGUGAAGCAGUUCAUACAAGUAAAGGUGAUUCAGGAAAAAGGCUGCCAAAAGCCGAUUUGAAUGCAGCAAGAGCUCCAUCGAAACCAGUCAAACUAGCUGCUCCUACAGUAAUUGAUUUACUAAACCCAGAUGAUGGUGAAGAUAUUGCUCCUGCGAUGUCGGUGGCACCAUUUUCGGUUGUUGACAAAGCGGACAAGAUCAAGGAAAAGCCUGUUGAGAAGACAAUGAAGGAAAAGGAAAGGGAAAAACCCGAGGCACCGAUCGUUGCACUAAACAUCCCGUUAUUAGAUCCUAAAGAUCCACAACCAGGUAAGGCUGAAGUCGUUGUUAAUGUUUUAAAACUAGCCGAAGAUAAAUAUGGCUGGUCAGUGAUGCACCCAAAAGCCAAAUCAGCUAUUGAUGUUAUAGAUGACAUGAUAGACGAUGAAGAUGAUGACGACGAGGAUGAUGACUUAGGAGACGAUCAAGAGAAAGCACCACAACAGAACAACUCAGUACUACCGGUUGCCCCUCGUGGCAAAGAGCUAACAGAAGAGCAAUUAGUUCGACAACAUGAGAUUAAGAUGAUUCGAAAAGUAGGGAAGUAUGAUUUUGAGGACCCAUUUAUUGAUGAUGUGGAAUUACAAAUGGAAGAAGACAUUUCAAGUACGAAAGAAGGAUUCUUUGUCUACUGGGGUCCAUUGGUUGAUGAUAGGAGUUCCGGUAAGAAGAAAAAGAAGUAA